GCCAGAGCAUCAAAGAAGAGAGAUAGAAAGCUCCAAGAUCAUACUCCAUUGUUGUAGCUCAAGCUCAAGCAAGAGUGAUUCAAAAGGAGGAGUUUUAAGAGGGAAAAAGGGAGGAAAAACUUGGAUAAUUAAGGAGCUUGACUAAAGUGGUUCUAGAUUUCGCCGGAGUUUCGCCGGAGUUUCACCGAAGUUCACCGGAGUCUCGCCGGAGUUCAACUAAGAAGAGUAGAAUCUUCCUAAAGCUCAUUUGAGGUAACAAUAUGGACGUCGGUUCCCUCUUCGCCCUGAAGAACGCGAAGGGGAAGAAGAAGGCCCCGGGGGGCGCUCCUGCCAGGGAGGGGCCCUCUCAAACUGCUGGCGCCGCUGCUGGCGCCGGAGGGUCCAAGGGUGCUGGGCCCGUCAAAAAGAAGAUUGCUGGAAAGGGGACCAAGCCCCCGGCCAAGAAGCCGAAGACCACCGCCCCUACCAAACAACCGAUCACCGAUGUGGUGGUGAUUGUGGACGAAGGGCACGCUUCUGCCUCCACCCCCCAGGAACAAAUCAAUCAGGAGUUCUUUGGGCGGGAGAGGUUGGAGGCGUUAGUACCGAAGGGGGCCUCCGUGUUGGAGGGCAGUUUGAACCCUUCGGCUCUGAUGAGCCAGAUGCUGCCGUCGGCCGACCGACUGGCCCUUGCCCGGCUGGACGAGGGAUCCCUCGAGGCGAAGGUCCUCCUGAAUGCUGCCUCCACUUUUAUGGGCCUCUGCGAGCACCUCCGAAGGGUGGAUCAAAUGAGGGAGGCCAAGGGUGCCGCCGAGGGGGAGGCCGCCCUCCUCAGGAAGAAGCUUGCUGAAGCCGAGGACUCUCUCCGUCUGGCCACUGACGGCAUGGAGCAGAGGGUGCAAGCUGCAAGGGCCGAAGGGGUCAAUGAGGGGCUAGCCAGGGCCGGGGAGGCCGCCGCCGAGGCCGCCCGUAUUGCUGCCGAUGAAGCCCGCGUGGCUCAAGAAGAGGCCGUCUCCAAGGCCCGAGAGGAUGCGGUGACCAGCUUCACGGCCGAAGGGUGGAAGGCCGAAGACCGGAGGGAGUGGCUCGCUUCGGUGGUGGGGGCUUCAGUAGACGAGUGGGUCGGGGGCCCCGGAAAGAUGUGGCUUGCUGAGAGGAGCGACUCGUACUACCAAGGCGGGGAGUUCUUCACCCAACGCCUCAUCUACCGGAAGCUUGCAAAGCACUUUCAGGUUGCACCGGAGGAGUUCCGUCCCGAGGCUUAUGGCCUCCCCCCCGCCAGCCAGAUGUCAGGAUCCCGCUCCCCGAGGGGGAAGAGAGACCGGUUCUUGAAGACUCGGAGACCCUCCGGGAGUGCGGCCUUGGGGGUGAAGAAGAUGAAGCCGAGAGCGAGGCGAUGUCCACAGUACCCCCUUCUUGAAUUGUAUUCCCCCCUUUUGUGUUGUAAUUGUUGGCCUCGGCCUCCUUUGUAACAGUGCAAUUAAACUUCCUUUUUUUGAAUGAAUGAGUACAUAUGCC